AUGACUUCCAGUUGUGGUGGAUUCCGCAGUCUCAACUAUAUUUUGUUUAUGAUUGGAUACAUCCCUCAGAACUUGAACCUGGACACCAAGUUGAAACCUUUCAUCUCAGAAUUUUUGCCUGCAGUUGGAGAUAUUGAUGCUUUUUUGAAGGUAGUACCCCCAGAGAAAACUCUUACUGGGGAAAAAUGCGGUCCAGAACAGUUUUCGCAUUUAGGUUUGAAAGUUCUUGAUGAGCCAGCCACCCAUCAGAGUGAUCCUGCUCUUCUCUACCUACAACUGAGAGCAACUUCUGUGACCCCUGGCAAGAAAAAUGAUGGAAAUGCGGUGGUCAAGAAAGUGGAUAAUACUGAACAAAAUGCCAAAAUAAUCGAGAAGUGGAUAAAGGAUAUAUCUGAUUUACACAAAACUAAAUCAUCUCCAGUAGUACGAUACUCCGAGUAA